CUCCAGCAGCUGCAGCAGCAGUGGGGUCAGCACCGGCGGCAGCAGCGCCGGCCCUGACCUACCCUACGCAGGCCUCGACCUGUCCUUCGCGGGUCACGACCCCCACCGCGACCCCCCCGGCGGCAUGGGGUGCACUGGGGGCGUGCCACAGAUCAGCAUUACUCCGGACGAGGCAGAGGUGCGGGGGCGGGAACUGUCCAGACUCAACGGGUCGCGGCUCGACCUCACCAGCGUGGACGGUGGCGACCUCUCCCCGCUGGACCCCGAGGACAGGACAUGCAUAUUCUGUGGGGCCUUCGACAAGAGCUUCACGGACACUGGGCUGGACAUGCACUACUGGCGGUCGUGUCCCAUGUUGACCAGGUGCAACCACUGCCGCCAGGUGGUCGAGGUCGCCUCCCUUACCCAGCACCUCCUCGGAGAGUGCGUGGCGUCAUCGGAGUACCGACGCUGUGAGCGUUGUAGUGAAGCCAUUCCCAAGAAGACCUUCCACAAUCAUGCUUUAGCCAAGUCUUGUAUACCUUAUAAACCUGAGCCGGUCGCCAAUCACUGUCCAUUGUGUCAUGACAACAUCGCGCCGUGGGACGACGGCUGGCGGCUGCAUCUGAUGCCUGGACCCAACUCUUGUCCCAACAAUCUCAGAGUUUGGCAACAAGUUGCCAAGAAAGCUUCAAACGAGAAGAGUCCUUUUGUAGCCUCGGGAGGAUCAGUGGGUGGAGGAGGCAGUUCUGGCGGAGGAAGUAGUGGUGCAGUGGGGGUAAAGCCCAGAAUACCAGGAACAGUCACACCGGGAACACCAAGAAAGACUUUAAACAGACGAAGGUAGAUGAGGAAAGAUUCAGAGUGAUAAGUAGUUGGGAGGCUUUACGUCAGGGAUGGAUGUGAUGUUGUUAGGUGAUCCAACUGUGAUGGAUCAGUGAAUCAGCUAUGAUGGAUCAGUGAACCAGCUGUGAUGGCUCAGUGAGCCAGCUGUGAUAGAUCGCCGAGUGAGCCAUGAUUGAUCAGUGAACCAGCUGUGAUGGAUCAGUGAACCAGCUGGAGGCUGAAUCAGGGGUGGAAGUUAUGAGGGCAAGAACCAGCUGCAGAAUCAAGGAUCAGAAUAAGAUGGCAAAAAUAUUAUCAACAAAAAUAGUCUUUUUUUUUCACUGAUGAAUAAUUAAACCAGUUGAAUACUGUAUGACCAAAUUAUUUUUUAUAAAAAUUAUUUCUAAAAAAAGAAGUGUUAAAUUCCAAUGGAAUUGAAAUUUAAGUGUUUAAUUUCAAAAGUAUUUAAUUUCCUUGCUGCAUUUCCCAGUUGUAUUCCACAUUGUAUGAUAGUUCUAAUUCCAGGAAGGCAGUGAGCAUCAUUUCUCAGUCUAGUCAUAUUUUCUUCAAGCUUCAUCAAUUUCACUAAGACAGAGUCCAUUCAAAUAUUUUGAUAAAAAGAGGCAUGCUAAUUUGUGACAUUGAAAUUAACCCUUUACAAAUACAUUCACUGUCUUAUUAUUAUUGCCUUAACCCUUUCACUGCUGAUUUUGAAAACCCUGUCCACCCUCUCCUUAUUCUGGGGCUUCAUAAUAUGAAAAUAAACUUUAGGAAGUGCAGAAAAAUAUUUAAACCUACAAAUACAUGUACAGUAUAAAGUUGAAAUUGGUAGUUGCCAACUUGCUCCUACUUAAUGCCAAAAUUUCUGACAAAAACAAGUUCAUCUCUUAUGAACUGUUUUCUUAAAUCUUUACUGUAUAGUCAUUUUUAUUUAGUUAUAUGAUUUUAGUGAAUAUAUUAAUAAAUUUGUAUUUCCUCCUUUCCUCCGUGGGUGCUCGGUAUGUACAGAAAGAAGUUGUUCCAGGUAUUACUUAUGUGUUCUGCGUCCUUUAACGUGGCUAUCAUAAGUGUUUUCAUCCUCCGUCUUUAAGGUUUAAAUUAUUCCUGUUCUAUAUGUUAACAGAGGUAAUAAAAAUAAAAAAAUUCCGCCAAGAGCCAGCAACACUUUUACAUCUGCAGUGUAGGGGUGGAAAAAUUACAAUUCAAUUCAAAUUCUGUAUACUGGAUUCCUGGACACUGUUAAUUAAUACAUACUUAGUUUAUUUUUUUACGAGGUACAAAAUUCUUUUGAGAUUUCUUUGCUAAGGCACCCAAAUAGUAUGUUACAGUGUACAUAUUGUGAUGCAUUCUUGCUAUUUACUGCUGUAUUAUCACAUAGUACUUAUGUGAGUGAAAUGAAGUGCUUCAGGACUUGUUACUGGUAAAAAUGAUUCUCUUGUUAAUAAAUCUGUACUCUGUAGCCACAGUGCUUCGUUCAGUGUCAGCCGCUGUGAAAGGGUUAACGAGUUAAUCAGUGUAAUUUGAUUAGUAGAGAAAGUAGCUUCAGUGCUUCGUUCAACAUCAGCUGCUUUGAAAGGGUUAAUGGCAUUUUAUAUUAAACUUAAAUAAAAAUGUAUCUCAAUCUGUUUAAUUAAACUAUCAUGGCUGGAUGACCUUGGGAUGAUUUUCAAAAGUACAGUACAGUAUUUGUAAAGUUAUGAGCUAUGUAGAUCUCAUUAAUUAAUAUCUAUGCAGUAAUUUUGAAAUACAUUAUAUAAUACUCAUGGUAUUAGAAUUUUAGUAAUUUUAUACAGAAUAAAUGUGAAUUGAUCUGGAAAACAGAAGUGGAAAGACUAUUUAAAGUAAAUACAUUUUGUAAAAUAAAAUUUGGUGUGAAGUCUAUGAACUGUUAUUGCCACUUUGAAAUGUUUACUUGUAAAGGUGAAAAGUGGAGGCCCUUUGCAUAGUGGUGCUUUCUUACCUGCAUGUUGCCAUUGCAAGAACAUAACUGCCAGUGUUGACUAAGCUUUGAGUACUUAUGAUCCAUUACAAAACUAAUGGCUUUCGAGAACAUAUUAUCCAAUACCAAACGAGCAGCUUUUGAAAUACAUAUGAUUCAAUACCAGAUUUAUAGUUCUUGACACAGUCAAGUGCAUUGAUUGGCUUUGUUUAACUUGUCACAAGAUUUUAGGUAGCAAUUGGAGCACAAACAAUUAAUUUAUUUUAAUAAUAAAGCUGCAGUUGUGUUACUUGCGAGUAACACUGGAGGCAAUAUAGCAUCAAUGGAGGAACUAUAUAAUUCUUAUUUACAUUUACAUUUUGUACCAAACCUUGUUUACAUUUAAAGUCUGUUCCAAACCUCAACUAUAUUCACAUUCUGUACCAAAUCAUACUACAGGUUGCGAGCUGACGCAUACAUGUGGUGACUGAACAGCCUCUUGCUCGUGCUGUUUGGAUAAAGACAAAAUUACAUUGCAUCGUUUUGGAUGUUCUCUCUACUCCAAAUUGCAUUUAUUUAUUUAUGCAAGCUUUUCUUGUAACAAAAUCUUUUAAGUUACUCUUUAUGUACAUGGUUAAUUGAUAUUAAUUGUUUAUUCCCACACGUAACUUGAUCAAAAAGACAAUAAGCAGGUAUGACAAUUACUUUUAAAUCUGCACUUAAAUAGUGUAAAGUUUACGAAAACAUGAUGUUCUAACACCGUUGUAUCUAAAAAUAUGUCUUACUUGAAUAAUAUCAUAAUCCGGAGCUAUUACAUGAUUAGAAACUCAUUUGAGCAGUCAUAAUCAUUUGGGAUAAGUUGCCAUGAUCUAACACAAGCUGGUAAGUAGCCAUAAUCUAAUAUGGUUAUUCUGUAGUGGCAUGCAAGUUGCACAUGACUCCUGAGAGGUUAAACCAAGACUCUCAUUUGAUCUGCAAUAUUACGACAAAUAAUUAUACCAAAAAAAAAAAACUAUGAUGCAAGUUGUGUCGCUAUAAAAAUUUCAAUAUUUUGUGUGUUUGUUCAGUAUUUAAAUUUAACUGUAAUUGUAAUCCUUUUCCUUAUUAUUUAGCAAUUAUAUGCACAACAAAUAAUUUUAGCAGGCAUAAAAUAAAUGUUACAUUGUUUUCGUAUUAAGUGAUGUCAUGUAUGGGAGUAUUACAUGGAUUAUACCCCAGACAGUUAUGGCUGAGCUCUGGCUAUUCAUUCCACAAGUGUGCAGUCUUGUGCUCCUGAUUAGUGUGUGUGCACUUUUCAUGCACUCAAACUAUACAUGUAACCCAUCACAUGUAUGUUGCUAAAAAUGUUGGUUUAAUUGUUGAUUGCCAGCUGAUCAGAAGUUGGACAGACAUUAUCUAAAAAGAUAUAAUAAAUACAGUACUGUAUAAAAUUAACUACAAUACAUUUUCUUUGCAGGCUUUUAAUGAUUGCAAACAUAUACUGCACUCGCUUUUAUGAAAUGUAACGUGCACAUAUUUUGGUUUUGUCUCUGAUAUAUUUGGUUCUGAGUUCUAAAGAAUAUCUGCACAGUGUAUAUAGUGAACUUUUGCCUUGUGCCUUUUUGUCAGUCUGGAAUGCAUUUAUAAUAAAAUCACCGAGAUUCAUUAUAUCUAUCAGCAGAAACAUUAACCACUUAAAACUAAAAUAACAAGAUUGAGUUACAUUUAGUUUAAAUUUAAAUUACUAUAAUAAUCUUUCUAUGAACCAUAAUAAGGAACUUAAUAAAGUCUUCCUAAACGGCACAGACGAGUGCUGUUCAUUUCCUCACUUAUCAUUACUAAACAACCGAUUUGUGUCAUUUAACCAUCGUAUUGACAGAUUCCAAUUUUUGGCCCCAAACUGCAAUUAGCAUUUGAUUUGUCCUCUGUGUUUGACCUAUACCAGAUGGUUUUGGCAUUAUCUAAGCCAAACCUGUAGACAGUCCGUGAUAUUUGAAUGAAGAGACAUCUGUAUGAUUGAUUUAUGUGUUCCAAGGCAGAAUUUACAUGUCACAGCUGAUUGUAGAACGUAUUAAGUGUUUAACACUCAAUCAUACAGCUAUUAGAAUAUCUACAGUGAGGAUACAUAUAGAAGUCAUUAGAUACAAGUAUGAUAAAUAAGGUUAAUUACAAGUAUCCCAAAAUUCACAAAAUGUGUGUCAUUCUGGUUCUUGUUUACACGUCUCGAGUAUAAUGCGUAUUCUUUCUAUGAAGGUUGGUGAGGUGAUUGGUAAUGUUAAAGCUUUAGGUAAACAGCUAUCACCAUCCCACUGGGAAUGUGGAGAAAAUAUUUCACAAGAGAAAGUAACAGGCAAAUUUGCCUAUUUUAGACACUAAGUUGUUUUGUGGAGAUACUGUAAUAUCAAAUUGCCUCUGUCCAUCCCUGAGAUAACGACCUGUGCAACUGUGCCAGAAAUGUAUGACUUCUUUUUUCCUUUUAUUUAAUUUCUUAUAAUGUUUAAACUAUAAGGAGACAAAUAAGCUGUUUCCCAUAGACCUGAGGUUUCAUGUCAGUUAUUCAGAUGACUCCUAGUGUCUAGGCACGAGAGAUUAUCAGGACAUGACAUUGUGACUUUAACCAGUGUCACGUUAAAAGAUGUUUCAAUCAGUAUUCAGUAUACCUAGUGACAGACUCAGCAACACACCUCAGCAUUUAGACAAUGAAUACAAAGGCUGAAUAGAAUCACUGCUUUGUAUUUUGGCAAGCUUGUCUUUCUCUAGUUUAAAAGUAGAUACAGUGUACCGAGUCUCUCCUUACUGCAGUUAUCUAUGACUUCCAUUUAUUGCACUAUGUUCUUCUCAGUGCUUUUCCAGUGAUAUUAUGUAUGAAAUGUUUACAAAUAGACAGUUUUGGUCCUGUUUCUAAUAUGGCUUAUAUUCAGCCGUUUCUCAAGAGUUAAAGUUCAUAAAUAAUUUUAUUUAUUUAUAUAUAUAUAUUUAUUUAUAUAUAUAUAUAUAUAUAUAUAUAUAUAUAUAUAUAUAUAUAUAUAUAUAUAUAUAUAUAUAUAUAUAUAUAUAUAUAUAUAUUAUACAACAUGCAUACACAUACAGUACAAGAAACACACAACAUAAUCUAGUACAGUAUUUAUAGAGUAGCAUUCAAACAAUUACUUUUUUGCAGACAUAUAUGCUCCUUAAAGUUGUAAUCUCUUGUUUAAUAUUUGUAUAUCUGCAAUAAAUAUCCUCAUUAAUCUAUUAUUACUCUGUACAAUGUAAGUCUUUGCAUUAUAGUUUACAGGAAAGAUCUUAAUUUACUGCAUAGAGUCUGGUGACCACAUUGGAGCAUAUGAUUUACCAUUAAUACAAUAACACUUGUAUUUUUAAGGUCAGAAUCUGGCUCCAGAUAGAUUGCGGGUCAAUGUAGCUCUGGAUUUUGAUUCUGAUUAUUGAGAUCUGCAAAGUGAGUUGAAGAACAUUGAUGAUUUAGGGAGAAGGACAUGAGCCAGAAAUGCUCCUCACGAGAAAAUCUUCCUCCAAAUAUUAUGCUUACAUCCAUGUCUAUGAUUCAGUGAAGUAUCUUCUUUAUUUAUAAAAUAUGAAACUUUUGAGAAAUAUUACUUGCCCCAAUGAAGGUUUUUUCGUAAUUUAAAUGUUUUGGGAAAACUCUUUAUGUGACACCCAGCUUUUAGUGUCUGAGAAGACUUAUGGUCUCAGUAGUGGUCUUAUUUUGUACUGUUAUUUAGAUGUUUGUUAUUUGGUGUUCAUUGCAGACGUCAACCAAGACUGUACAGUGAUCCUUGCAAAUAUUUGUUCCUUACCAUGUUUCCCUUCUGACUCAGAACAAUAACAUAAUGGAAACUUUUUGUUUUUGUGCAGUUUUUGUUUCACAACAACUAUCACUGACCUUGUUCAAUACAACAUUUCCUCCUUAUGUCGGCACUCGGCCUCAGAUAUCAUUUUCAAUAUGUCCUUUCUCUUAAAAUAUUCCAUAUAUAUAUAAAUGUACUGUCGAAUAUCAUCUUUCAACCAAAUUUUGAAUUCCGUGUUCUUUUAAAGAUUAUCAUAGGUUCUAUUUUUCCAAUAACACUUAAAAGCCAUUAGGAAUUUCAUGGGUGAUAAUCUAUUGUAUGCAUCUGUUUACUGGUAAGCCUCAUGAGAGGAUAAACAAGAGGUACAAAUUGAUUUGUUUACUUUGAGGAGAACUUCUGGAGAAUCUCUCUCAAUCGCCUCCACCGUGUUUAACAUCUCAACACUCCCAAUGCUCUACUGUGUCAGAGCUAAUUAAGUUUAUCAGGAAUUCUGUCAAUUGUUCAAUUGAUUUUGAGUACAAAUCAGUGUUGUGGGAGAACUAUGGUUUUCUCGCCCCGUUUUAAGGGCUGUCGCUAAAUAGCUACACCAUCCCUGCACUCAGUGUACUUCCAGUGUGUGAUGAGCCCAUGUAUUUGUAAUGUAUUUUGCUCAUCUUUGUAUCUUUAUAUCUUUUUGUCAAGCAUGUAGAAGUAUUGUUUUCAAAAUAUUGGUAUAAUAAUGUAUUCAAUAUAUUUAUUCUCCUUUAAAUCAUUUUGGGGCAAUUUGAAAAGAAAUUUACAUGUGAUUUGGUUUGAAAGCUGUUAUCCACAUUCAAUUGAACAAGAUUUUGCUCAAAUUCCUGCGUCCAUGUAGUGUGUGAGUGGUUGUUCUGAGGAACGUCUGUGAUAAGGUAUUCCUAAGGUAUUUGUACACAUGAGCAGAGCAACAUUACAGGCCACACACACGUCAUAACGAUAUAUGUCGUUAGGUCCUGCACGUGUGGGCCACACACAUAUCGUAUAUGUCAUUACGAUGUGUGUGUUUUUUAGGUCAUGCAUGUGUUAAACUUGAGUCAUAAAUAUGACCAUGGAACAUAUGUUGCCUGGUGUUUGAACAGAUGUUGCCCAGGGGCCAGAGAAGUGUGUGCCACAGUGUGCAGGUGUUGCCACAGCGGGUGGAGGUGUUGCCACUGACAAACACAGAUGGUUACCCUGGGUUAUGCAGGCAUUGCCUUUGGGCCGCGCAGUGUUGCACGUGCAGCACACAGCUGCUAGAAGCAUUUUUGAUGGUUUAAGUAGCCAGUUCCUCAUGAUGCUACUCUGGAGCACCUUGAUGAGGUUAUGGUUGAAGUCAUGGCGAGUUGUUGAACUCAAUUUUUGACUCCUCGUUGGAGGCACUGGGUACUUGUUGGCUUUGUUAAGUGAAUAUUGCCAAGAACUCGGGAGAACUAUAUGAAGAUAAACCCAUUAAAAGUUUAGAUAUAACUCAAUGAAAAUUAAUGUAAGCAGUAUUUCAGACUAUGACAAUGGUAGUUUUAAUAAUCAUAUAUGAGCUAGUUUGUCUUUGAGAUAUAUCUGUUAUAACGCGACUGUAGUCCUACUUUUGUUGAUUAAGAUUGAAGUAAAAAAUAGAUUUAAUGUGUGAGUCAUUGAACUGCAUCACAGGAAUCAUAAAAUUCAGUAUGUGUAUUAAGAAACAAGUUUAGUGAUAUACAGCACUGUAGAGGAGUGACGGAGGGCACAUCUUCAUUACGUACUAUCUUCACUGUAAUCAUCUUCACUACAUAUAAAAUACAAUACUAUAGCCAUCACAACCAUAGUCCUCACUGAAUUUAUCUUCACUGUAACCCAGGCACUGACAAGUACCCCCAUCUACAACCAUCAUCAUUACUACUGUCUUCAUCUUUCAUAGCCUUGCCACUCCUUCACCACCUUCGACCUGUUGCACCACCAUUCCUACCCUUUCACCACAUCUCUCCUUUGCCACCUUCCAUAUCCUUCACCACCUUCCCUAUCCUUCACUGCCUUCCUUAUUCUUCACCAUCUUCCAAACUCUUCAACACCUUCCCUGUGAUCCACCACCUUCCCUACCCUUCUCCACCUUCUCUACCCUGCCACUGUGCACCACUUUCCCAACCCCCUUCACCACCUUCCUUUCAUUAUUGUAACCAUCUUCCAUAAAUACUGUUAUCUUCAAUAAAUAAACUAUACAAAACAAACAUAUAUUCAUCACAAAGAAAAUAAUAUGCUGGAUGAAUUAUAGUGAAGCUAGAGUCUGGCAUUAUAGUGGGAAUAAAAUAUGGUAUAAUUUGCCAAUUAAUGCAAUUAAGGUAAUGGGGGCUCGACCCCCCAACCCACUCCCUUGUGACCAUACCCUGACAAAGCCAGUCACCGUGCAAAUUUUGGUGAUGGUAGCCCUAAAUGUCUGGACCCCAACCUUAAAAUUCUUUUUUUUUUCCAGAUACUGUAAUGAUUUACUAUCUUAUCUAAGAUCUGUUUUUGAUGCUAUUAGUUAAUAUGAGGUCCUAAAUUUACACACCACCACCACCACCACCACACAACCCCUCACAUCACCACCACACAACAUUCCCUCACACCACCACCACACAAUAUUCCUGCACACCACCACAACCACACAUCACCACCACAUAACACAACCACAUGUAUGUUAAAGCAAUCGAAGAGAUUUAGAAACGCGAGAUAAUUGCACAGUACUGUACAGUAAUCUGUGCAAUCAGCACAGUACGGUUUAUCUUAAUCAACUAGAAUCAUGAUAGUUAAUAAAGCUUAGAAUAUGCAAACAAUAAGUUACAAGAAGUGAUAGCCUGGCUGUAUAUCUAGCCUAACUAUUUCUAGUUUAAUUGCCUAAUGCUAUGUCUAUAGACAUAAGCUAUUAUGCUAGAUAUUUUGGUCACAUGAUUUAAUAAUGUUCCAGGAUGGAAUGAAGCAUUGUCACUUCCUUUAUUUUUUAGAUGUUUGGGGUUGGUAAAGCAAGUUAUUAUCAGGGGAAAGCACCUACCCAUUAUGACUACUUAUAACACUAGUACAAGGAUUUAGAAUAGAGAAAAGGAAUCGUGCCCAACCACUUAAGAUAGUGAUUGCACAGCGACCUGCAAAAGCGAGACUGUCGCUGUACCAUCCAAUUCUAGUGAAUGGGUAUUUGUGAGUUGGUCAUCUAAGAACCUAACACCUCUAUAGUUCUCCCGAGUCCUGGCGACUACUAGGUCCUUUAAUCUAGUUGCAUGAAACAUUGGCUGCAGCAUAGUAUGGGGCUAUGAAUGUUACUGCUGCCUUGGGAGAUGUAAAUGACUGUCUCAUAUAUAAAUAACUCUAUUGUUUAAACAUUAAUUUAAAGGAGUGGAAAUAAUUGUUAGGCUUUGUUCCAACAGUAAUAGUCGGUCAUUAUUUAACCUUGAAGGAUGAAAGGUAAUUAUUUUCAUCAAAAACAAAGUAAAUAAUCUUGAUAUCUCUAAUUUUUGGUAUCUGAUGUAAAAAAUGUUCAUGAGUAUGGGGCUAGUAUACAUCCCGUGACACCCAAGGUGCAGCAACGUGCACUGUCCUUGAUUAUAACCAAGUCUUAGUCAACCCAGGUAGCUAUAAGUUUGCCUCCUUAGGUAUAAGCCCAUUUCUGUGCAUCAACAUUAUCAACUAUUGACUUAGACCUUAUAGAAUCACAUUUGUUUGUUUUUUUCCAAGUGAGUCCGCCCUUUUAAUGACAGAGAAUAGCAUUGAUUUCUCUUGUAGCUGCCGUAUUGUAUUAUGAUAUUAACAAAAACAUUUUUCAAUAAAUGUUACUUAGAA